CGGGUGUGUGUCGAGGAGACCCUGUGGUUAGCAGCCGCUAUUGCAGCGUCGGAUGUGCAGAGCAGCAGCCGCCGGCGUCCUCGGAUGUUGUGUUACCCGCCAUCAUGAGCUACACAGGCUUUGUCCAGGGAUCUGAAACCACUUUGCAGUCGACAUACUCGGAUACCAGUGCUCAGCCCACCUGUGAUUAUGGAUAUGGAACUUGGAACUCUGGGACAAAUAGAGGCUACGAGGGCUAUGGCUAUGGCUAUGGCUAUGGCCAGGAUAACACCACCAACUAUGGGUAUGGUAUGGCCACUUCACACUCUUGGGAAAUGCCUAGCUCUGACACAAAUGCAAACACUAGUGCCUCGGGUAGCGCCAGUGCCGAUUCCGUUUUAUCCAGAAUUAACCAGCGCUUAGAUAUGGUGCCGCAUUUGGAGACAGACAUGAUGCAAGGAGGCGUGUACGGCUCAGGUGGAGAAAGGUAUGACUCCUAUGAGUCCUGUGACUCAAGGGCCGUCCUGAGUGAGCGCGACCUGUACCGGUCAGGCUAUGACUACAGCGAGCUUGACCCUGAGAUGGAAAUGGCCUAUGAGGGCCAAUACGAUGCCUACCGCGACCAGUUCCGCAUGCGUGGCAACGACACCUUCGGUCCCAGGGCGCAGGGCUGGGCCCGGGAUGCCCGGAGCGGCCGGCCGAUGGCCUCAGGCUAUGGGCGCAUGUGGGAAGACCCCAUGGGGGCCCGGGGCCAGUGCAUGUCUGGUGCCUCUCGGCUGCCCUCCCUCUUCUCCCAGAACAUCAUCCCCGAGUAUGGCAUGUUCCAGGGCAUGCGAGGCGGGGGCGCCUUCCCAGGCGGCUCCCGCUUUGGCUUCGGGUUUGGCAAUGGCAUGAAGCAGAUGAGGCGGACCUGGAAGACUUGGACCACAGCCGACUUCCGGACCAAGAAGAAGAAGAGAAAACAGGGCGGCAGUCCUGAUGAGCCGGAUAGCAAAGCCACCCGCACAGACUGCUCGGACAACAGUGACUCAGACAAUGAUGAGGGCACCGAGGGGGAAGCCACAGAGGGCCUUGAAGGCACCGAGGCUGUAGAGAAGGGCUCCAGAGUGGACGGAGAGGACGAGGAGGGAAAAGAGGAUGGGAGAGAAGAAGGCAAAGAGGAUUCAGAGAAGGGGGCCCUGACCACUCAGGAUGAGAAUGGCCAGACCAAGCGCAAGUUACAGGCAGGCAAGAAGAGUCAGGACAAGCAGAAAAAGCGGCAGCGAGACCGCAUGGUGGAAAGGAUCCAGUUUGUGUGUUCUCUCUGCAAAUACCGGACCUUCUAUGAGGAUGAGAUGGCCAGCCAUCUUGACAGCAAGUUCCACAAGGAACACUUCAAGUACGUAGGCACCAAGCUCCCUAAGCAGACGGCUGACUUUCUGCAGGAGUACGUCACCAACAAGACCAAGAAGACAGAGGAGCUCCGAAAAACUGUAGAGGACCUUGAUGGCCUCAUCCAGCAAAUCUACAGAGACCAGGAUCUGACCCAGGAAAUUGCCAUGGAGCAUUUUGUGAAGAAGGUAGAGGCAGCCCAUUGUGCAGCCUGCGACCUCUUCAUUCCCAUGCAGUUUGGGAUCAUCCAGAAGCACCUGAAGACCAUGGAUCACAACCGGAACCGCAGGCUCAUGAUGGAGCAGUCCAAGAAGUCCUCGCUCAUGGUGGCCCGCAGUAUUCUCAACAACAAGCUCAUCAGCAAGAAGCUGGAGCGCUACCUGAAGGGCGAGAACCCUUUCACCGACAGCCCCGAGGAGGAGGCUGAGGGCGGUGCCCUGGACGAGGGGGCACAGGGCGAAGCGGCAGGGGUCUCGGAGGGUGCAGAGGGCGCGCCGGCGCAGCCUCCCGUGCCCCCAGAGCCAGCCCCCGGCGCCGUGUCGCCGCCACCGCCGCCGCCCCCAGAGGAGGAGGAGGAGGGCGCCGUGCCCUUGCUGGGAGGGGCGCUGCAACGCCAGAUCCGCGGCAUCCCGGGCCUCGACGUUGAGGACGACGAGGAGGGCGGCGGGGGCGUCCCGUGACCCGAGCUCGGGGCGGGCGGGGCCCGCGUGGCCGAAGCUGGAAGCCAAACCUAAUAAAGUUUUCCCAUCCC